GCGUAGAUCCACGACGGGCUGCGCCUGUCACACCCGCGGGUCGUUGCGGAGGAAGAGCGGGCGCCAUGGCGGUUUUGCUGGAGACAACUUUGGGCGACGUCGUCAUCGAUCUGUACACUGAGGAGCGGCCGCGCGCCUGCUUGAAUUUCCUGAAGUUGUGCAAAAUAAAGUAUUAUAAUUAUUGUCUUAUUCAUAAUGUACAGAGGGAUUUUAUCAUACAAACUGGUGAUCCUACAGGGACUGGUCGUGGAGGAGAAUCUGUUUUUGGUCAGCUGUAUGGUGAUCAAGCAAGCUUUUUUGAGGCUGAAAAAGUGCCAAGAAUUAAGCACAAGAAGAAAGGCACUGUGUCCAUGGUGAACAAUGGCAGUGAUCAACAUGGAUCUCAGUUUCUUAUUACCACAGGAGAUAAUCUAGAUUACCUUGAUGGUGUUCAUACAGUGUUUGGUGAGGUGACAGAAGGCAUGGACAUAAUUAAGAAAAUUAAUGAGACCUUUGUUGACAAGGACUUUGUACCAUAUCAAGAUAUCAGGAUAAAUCAUACAGUGAUUUUAGACGAUCCAUUUGAUGACCCUCCUGAUUUAUUAAUUCCUGAUCGAUCACCAGAACCUACAAGGGAGCAGCUAGAUAGUGGUCGAAUAGGAGCAGAUGAAGAAAUUGAUGAUUUCAAAGGAAGAUCAGCUGAAGAAGUGGAAGAAAUAAAGGCAGAAAAAGAGGCCAAAACUCAAGCUAUUCUAUUAGAAAUGGUGGGAGACCUACCUGAUGCAGAUAUUAAACCUCCAGAAAAUGUGCUGUUUGUGUGUAAACUGAAUCCGGUGACCACUGAUGAAGAUCUGGAGAUAAUAUUCUCAAGAUUUGGACCAAUAAGAAGUUGUGAAGUUAUUCGGGAUUGGAAGACAGGAGAAUCCCUCUGUUAUGCUUUUAUUGAAUUUGAAAAGGAAGAAGAUUGUGAGAAAGCGUUCUUCAAAAUGGACAAUGUACUUAUAGAUGACAGAAGAAUACAUGUGGAUUUUAGCCAGUCUGUUGCAAAGGUUAAAUGGAAAGGAAAAGGUGGGAAAUAUACCAAGAGUGAUUUCAAGGAGUAUGAAAAAGAACAGGAUAAACCGUCUAAUUUAGUUUUGAAAGAUAAAGUAAAGCCCAAGCAGGAUGCAAAAUAUGAUCUUGUGCUAGAUGAGCAAGCAGAAGAUUCAAAAUCAAGUCAUUCACACACAAGUAAAAAACACAAGAAGAAAACUCGUCACUGCUCUGAAGAAAAAGAAGAUGAGGACUACAUGCCAAUCAGAAAUACCAACCAGGAUAUCUACAGGGAGAUGGGGUUUGGUCACUAUGAAGAAGAGGAAAGCUGUUGGGAGAAACAAAAGAGUGAAAAGAGAGACCGACCUCAAAACCGAAGUCGUAGCCGAUCUCGAGAAAGGGACGGCCACUACAGUAAUAGUCACAAAUCCAAAUACCAGACCGACCCCUAUGAAAGAGAACGGAGUAAAAAGAGAGACCGAAGUAGGAGUCCCAAGAAAUCCAAAGAUAAAGAAAAAUCUAAGUACAGAUGAAAAAUGAAGAAUCAGACCUGAGUGGCUAAUGUAUUUACUGUUGUCUAAUGUAGAACCUCAGAUAUUCAAAUUUUGUGUCAAAGCCCUUAAAGACUCUGCUCAUUUUUUUUUUUCAUCCUAGGGUUAUGGCCCUUUUCAAUUGAUUCUGAUUGUAUAGGGCACAGAAAGACUAUAAAGAACUGAACAUUUUUUGGGGUAUACUUUUUUACACUAAUUUUAUUGUUAUACAUAAAUAGUAGUCUUCAUUUUAAAGUCUUUCACAUUUCCCACUCUUCUUUUUUUUAAAUGAAAUAUUUCAUACUUAAAAAUUCACAGACAUGUAUAUAUAAGGUAUAAAGAAUAGUAAAUAUUUGUGUGCCCAUGAGCCAGCUUAAGAAAUAGAAGAUCACCUGCAUUUUAGAAACCCUCUUUGUGCUUUCUCCUCAAGUGAUGAUUAUUCUGAAUUUUGUAUUUGUCAUUCUUUUGCUUGUUACAGUUUUACAACAGUGUAUGUAUUAAAAAAUAAAAUGUUAAAUUUUGUAUGUUUUUGAAUUUUAUAUGUGGCAUAAUGUAUGUUUACUUCUGUGACUUGCUUUUUCAACUUAGUAUUUCUUUAGAGAGUCAUUCAUUUUUAUUGCUUUAUUGCAUCGUAUGAAUAGACCACAACUCUCCCAUUCUUCUGUUAAUGAACAUUUGGAGUUGUUGGUUUGUUUUUGGUUUUGCUGUUGCAAACAGUGCUGCUGUGAACAUUCUGUGUCCAGGAGUGAUAUUGCUCGCUCGUAUGAUGUGGAUAUCUUCAUCUUUACAAGAUAAUGCCAAAUAUAUUCUGCAGUAGCUGAACCAGUUUAUGCCCAGACCAGCGCUAUGUGAGUUACCUUUGUUUUACACCAUCUUGAAUACUUCUUAGUUUCAAUCUGAAAUUUCACCAGUGUAGUGGAUGCUUACUGGUACCUUCUUGUGGUUUCCAGCAAGGAGAUUACUAUUAUUCUUAUAUUUGUUCAUCUAUAUGUAACUCGUUAUUUUUCUCUGGCUGCUUUUUUCCACACUCCCCCCACCGCUGCCAGCUGCUUUUAACAUUUUCUCUUUAUCACUGCUAUUGUGCAAUUUGAUUAUGAUGUGCUUGGUAUAGUUUUUUCAUGUUUCUUCUGCUGGGGCUGUUUCCCUACGGGUUUAUGGUUUUCACCAAAUUUGGAAAAGCUGUGGGUAUUAUUUAUUUAGUUACUUUUUUCUGUCCCUCCCCUCCUCUCACUCCUUUCCCAGGACUCCACCGACUUGUAUGUUAGGCCAUCUGAGGUUGUCACACAUUAUACUGAUGCUCCAUUUGGGCGAAGUCUUUUUCUCCUAUUUCAUAAAUUGAAUAGUUUCCAUGGCUGUGUCCUCAAGUUCAUUCAUCUUUUCUCCUGAAGUAUCUGAUCUGUUAAUCCCAUCCAGUGUAUUUUUCACCUUAGAUACAAUAUUUUAAUUUUAGAAGUUCCAUUUGGGUCUUUUUUAUAUCCUCCGUGCUUUUUCUUAACAGGCUCAUGCUUUCCUCCAUUUUUUUUUUUUUUUUUUUAACACCUGGAGUACAUUAGUAAUAGCUGUUCUAAUGUACUUGACCAUUCUGUCAUCUGUAUCACUUCUGGUCUGUCUCUGUUGGUUGAUUUUUUUUUUCCCCCACCCAUUAUUAAGUUGUGAUUUACUUUGCAUGCCUGGUAAUUUUUAGAUUUUAUAUUGCUGGAUACUAGAGUUUUUGUGUUCGUUUAAAUAUAUUGAGCUUUCUCCGGGACAUGAUUAAGUGACUUGGAAACAGUCUGAUCCUUUUAUAGCUUGCUUUUAAGUGUAAUGAGGUAGGACCAGAAGAGCUUUUCAGGCUAAUGUGGCCCACUACUGAGGUAAUACCCUUCUGAAUAAUCUCCCUUUCACUUAGUCUCUUCAGAGAUUUCUCCUCUCUGGCUAUUGGGAACGAGAACUAUUGUGAGUCCUAUAUGAACUGGAUCCCAGGUUGUGCUGCCUACUCUCUCCUGGUGGGUCUUUCCCACCUUUGGGUGGAUUCCGCAUGUGUAUACACCAAUGAAUAUUCAGCUGAAGACUGGGGCAAACCCUCUGCAGAUCUGGAACUCUUCCUUCUGUAUUUCCCUCCUUUUUCUAGUACUCUGCCCUACAAACUUCAUCUUAGCUCCACCAACUCUCCCCCUCCCAGAGACUCCCAGGCUCUUUUGAAUCACAUCCCUGUCAUAGUCCUACAGUGUGGAAACUGCACAUCAGCUCAGGCAAUUGUCGCUUUCUUGUUUUCCUUCUCUCAAGAAUCACUGCCCUGCACUGGCUGCUGUCCAGUGUCUGAAAAACUAUGUAGUAUAUACUUUGUACAAGUUUUUAGUUGUUUAAAACGGGAAAAGUAAAUCCUGGUCCUGUCACUUUCUUUUUGGCCCAAGUGGAAAUCUCAGUAUUUAAAUUUGCAUUUCCUAAAUGCUAACAAGAUUGAGCAUUUUUUUCAUAUGUGUUUUAUUAAUUCCUGAUGGCUCCCUCUGAAAAGUUUUACAUGUCUUUUGCCCAUUUUAUGUGAAGUUACUGUCUUCUUACAGAAUUUUAUGGACUGUGGAUACUAAUCCAUUAUUAGAGAUGUUAUGAACAUAUUCUCUCAGUUUGUGGCUAAUUUCUUCACCUUCCUAUUGAUGCCCUUGGAAGAGCACAAGUUAUGAAUUUCCCCUCAACUUUGUAAUAUGAAAAGCUUCAUACAUAUAGAGAAACACAAAAACAGUGAACAUCCAUAUACCUUCCAUCCAGAUUUAAGAGUCAAUAACUCUUUGUUGUUGAACAGUUUGUAAGUAAAUUGAAAAUAUCAUGACCUUUCACUUUUCAGUAUUUCACCAUGCAUUUCCUAAAAUGCAAGCAAGCAUCCUGUUUAAUCACAAUAUUAUUAUCGCAUUUGAGACAAUUAAUAAUAAGGGCGCCUGGCUGGCUCCGUUGGUACAGCAUGCAGGUCCAUAUCAGGCAGCCUGACACUGGGCAUAGAGAUCACUUAAAAAAGUAACAAUAAUCCCGUAAUAUAUAACACAUAGUCAAUAUUGGAAUUUCCCUGAUUGUCUCAGGAAUGUCAUUUUUAGGUGUUGAUUUGUUUUUAAACCCAAACUCAAGGUCCAGGCCUUGCAUGUUGCUCUUGUCAUUUUGUUUUCUUAAUCUAGAAGAAUUUCUUACCCAUCCAUCCCACCUCUUUUUUUUUUUUAAAUGAAAUUGACUUUUUGAAGAGUUCAGGCCAGAAUAUUUCACAGAAUGUUUCAGAUUUGGGGAAUUAUUUGCUGGUAACUUCAUGGUGUCUUCUAACUCUUCUAUUUCCUAUGAACUGGAAGUUAGGUCUAAAUGUUUGAUUAGAAUUAGGAUAUAUAUUUAGGCAGAAACUUUUAAGUUGAAUGUCAAAUUUAUUAGCCUUUCUCUGUGUGUUUUGUGAUUUUUGUAUUUUAAGAUAUCCUUAAUAAAGAUAUUCUACAUUCUAAAA